CACCCAUGGCUUCUUCCUUGGUGCCAAAGCAUGAAGCUGACUCGGUGUGACACGUGCUGAAGCCGGCCUUCAGUGCCGCCGGUGCCAAACUACAAGCUCUCCAUGUCGAUCCCAGAAUGGCUUCAGGCAAUACAGACCUACAUGAAGAUGCUGCAAUACAAUCACACGGGAACACAGUUCUUCGAGAUUAGAAAAACCAGACCUCUGAGUGGGUUGAUGGAGACGGCAAAAGAAAUGACCAGGGAGUCCUUACCUAUCAAAUGCCUUGAAGCAGUUAUUCUGGGGAUAUACUUAACGAACGGGCAGCCCUCUGUGGAACGAUUCCCCAUCAGCUUUAAAACCCACUUCUCAGGGAACUAUUUUCAUCAUGUGGUGCUCGGGAUUUACUGCAACGGCCGGUAUGGCUCGCUAGGCAUGAGCAGACGAUCAGAUCUGAUGGACAAACCUCUAACUUACCGAACUCUGAGCGACCUCAUCUUUGAAUUUGAAGACUCCUAUAAAAAGUACUUGCAUUCAGUCAAGAAAGUAAAAAUUGGAUUAUACGUGCCGCAUGAGCCGCACAGCUUUCAGCCUAUCGAAUGGAAACAGCUCGUCCUCAAUGUAUCCAAAAUGAUGCGCACAGAAGUCAGGAAGGAGCUGGAGAAGUUUGCCAGGGAUAUGAGGAUGAAGAUUCUGAAACCCUCAAGUGCCCAUUCCCCGAUGAAAGAGAGAUCACGGGGUAAGUCGUUGUCCCCUCGACGAAGGCAAGCCAGCCCUCAGAGGCGCGCAUGCAGAAGAGACAAAUCGCCUGCGGUGGUGGACAAGAAAGGAGACCUGGCUACGCUCAACGAGGUAGGCUAUCAGCUCCGCAUCUAACCAAGCCAUACGCCGGACAGAGGGCUUCCCUGGUGCUUCCUGCUGCACUUUACCCGCACUCCGUUGGAAGGAAAAAGGAAUGGGACUAUUUAUUAACUUGUGAGCUCUUAUAAUAAAAGUUUUACCUAGAAAAUAGUAGGGGGGAUUUUUUUUUUUUGUGGCAGUAUUUAUUUUCUUUCAAUUACAGAAAAGGCAUCAGUGAAGAGAACCUAAAAUUAUGCUUAUCAGGAUUUAAGAUUUUUUUUUUUUUUUCCCCCUCCAUCAUGUAGCAGGUGACUCCAGUGGUGUGAGAGUUUCUUCAAUUUCCCUGUACAAGUAUUAAUUGAAUUUGGACAUUGUGCUGGGUAGUAGCAUUAGGAUAACUAAGAAAUCAUAUUCUUAGUGUUAAGAUGUGCUGGGGUGCAGUGCAGUUUAAAAAAAAAAAAUAAUCACAUUCAGUAUUAGUAUUUAAUUCAGCAAUAAAAACGAGCAGUGCAGAAGUGGCAUGAGUUUUUAAAGUAUCAAUAUUACCUCACUAAACUUAACAGAUAUGCAAACCUGUCAAUAUUAUUGUUUUGUAACUAAUUUGUACUGAUUCCCAGCAUUUCUGGUAGUAUUAAAACAGCACUGGAUGUUUUACUGCCACCUGUAUUAUUAUUUUGUGCAUGUUGCUGAAAGAUGUUAAGUAAUAGUAAUAUGCAAGCGUGUUCUUAAACACUGAAACUUUAUUAGGCAAAAUAUGAGGUUUUGGUUUUUUAAAUGAUGAUAAUUGAUGAAAAAUGAAUUUUUAAACUUUCAGGAUUUUUUUAUACUUUGUCACAAGCUUUUAGACUUUUGGGACUACACUGCUGAAGCACAAAAUGUAGAGAUUGCCGUUUUGUAGAGACAAGCAUUCACCUACUAGUCAAGUCUGUUUCUCGUAUAGGUUCCUGGAACAAUGGAAAAAAUGUCAGAAUUGCUAACCUGAGCCUGUGUGCUUUUUGUUCAACGUUUGUGUGUAGCUUUGAACCUUGUCUUCAAAAGGCUGAGCAGUCUCAGAUGGUGAUGCCUUGACAUGUUACAUUAAGAUCAGACAUCGCAGGCUGAAGUUAACCUUCCGCCAUGCUGCUGUAGGGAGUUUUUUCUAUAUGUGUUGUAGUAACAACAGCUUAGUCAGACCUGAAAAAGGAAGCUUGUAUUGGAACAACUCCAGCAAUAAAUGAAAUUGUACGACUGAGCUAGCUGAAAAGCAAGCUUGAGUACUUCCUCCCUGCUCAGUCCUUUUGUUCUGAGACUUAGCUAAGGACCUGUCAUGGAUGGCAGUGUUCUCAAGUGACGUGGUAAGACCUUCAUUAGGGUCUGCCCUUCGCAUUAGUGAAGUCCUCUGGAACUGGAUCCUCUGGAGCAUUCGAGUGCUGCACUCCUGAAAAUAUUUCAUUAGGUGCCUAAACAGAAACUGGAUUAUUGUACAAGUCCAGCCUCUACCCUUUGUGCUGUGCUUUUAUAGAUGAUACUGCCAUGGGCCUUGUGUACCUCCCCUCCUGGGAUCUUGAUGAAGACAGGACAUGGUAACAUGGUGACAAUAAUGCUUCCUCGAAUUGAAUGAUUUAAGCUCCUAGAUUGCUUCUGUCAGCUUGCAACUGACCGGAUACAGGAGGAGUCGAUUGCUUGUACACAGACCUCAUUGCUCAAAGUCAAUGACUUCCACUUAACCUAGGACAACAAGACAACACCGAGACCUGGCAACCUUCUACAAACAGUAAAAGGCUUUCUACUAAUUAGACUUCAGAAGGUGUGCAAAGAAGACUUUUCAAACGUCACACUUCCUUAUAAAAGAUUACAAUAUCAGUUACAGGGAAGCCUUUCCAUCCCUCUUUCUGCAAACUUUUCUGCUGCUGUGUUCACCAUAAGAUUUUUUUUGUUUUGUUCAGGAGUGUAAUUGAAGAGAGGGAAAUUCUCUUUUGGUAGAAAUUCUUGUGUAAUUUGUCAUCAGCUGCAGAGUUUUGGUUUUAAACCAUGUGCUGCUCAUUGUCUUGUGACCUAAACAAUUUUUUUCAUGUAUCCCUUAGAUUUCUCAUGGGUAAAGUGAUGUGAAAAAACUAACUUUGAUCAGCUGUAUCCUAUAACACAAGGUUAUCUGGUAUAUUGCAAGGUUUUUCUCUAUGAAACCAUGGUUUACUUCAGCUCAAGUAAUAGUGGUUGGUAUACAGUUUUUACCAUUCUCCAGCACAACUUGAGUUAUUUUCUCUUAACCUCUAACUUACACUGAAACUUUUUAAUGCUGUAGAGGUGUGUGACAAAUUGCUUUUGGUUCUUGUUUUGAAGUUCAGCUGAAAUAUUCUCUUGAAACUUGUUUAUGAGGGCAGUGGUCUUAAGUGUGGCUCUAGUGACUGUUCUUCUAACUUAC